GCGGUGUCUUCCUUCUUCUCCACUGCGAUUGGUCUGCAACAAGCUAAGCUAACCAUAACCCGCCAAAUUGUUCAUACAUUCAGAAAAUGAGUUUUGUUUCACAGCUAAAAACCCAUAAUUACUCUCCCUCCAGAAUCCAUUUUGACUGGCCAUCACCGAGCUGUCCACGUUCAGUUCAGCGCCUUCUGAAAUUUCCUACUUCGCGACCCAAGUACUCUGCCAAACAAAGUGUUAUGGUUCGCUCGGAAUUCGAUGCUAAGGUCAAUGCAUUUCUCCAUUCCGAUUCGGAGUCUCGUUUCGUUGACCGGCAAAAAGCACUGGAAGCAGCGAUGGGUGAUAUAAAUAGCUCCUUUGGCAAAGGAAGUGUUACACGAUUGGGAAGUGCUGGUGGAGCUCUAGUAGAAACUUUUCCGAGUGGCAUUCUGACAUUGGACUUAGCUUUAGGGGGUGGCCUCCCCAAAGGGAGAAUUGUUGAGAUAUAUGGGCCAGAAAGCAGUGGGAAGACCACCUUAGCUCUCCAUGCUAUUGCAGAAGUGCAGAAGCUAGGAGGAAAUGCAAUGCUUGUUGAUGCUGAGCAUGCAUUUGAUCCAGCAUACUCCAAAGCUCUGGGAGUAGAUGUUGAGAAUUUAAUUGUCUGCCAACCCGACAAUGGAGAGAUGGCUCUUGAAAUUGCAGACCGCAUGUGUAGAUCAGGUGCUGUUGAUCUCAUAUGCAUAGAUUCUGUCUCAGCUCUCACUCCACGUGCUGAGAUUGAAGGGGAGAUAGGUAUGCAGCAAAUGGGGUUGCAAGCACGGCUCAUGAGCCAAGCUUUGCGUAAGAUGUCAGGAAAUGCUUCCAAGGCCGGAUGUACACUCAUUUUUCUUAACCAAAUACGGUAUAAGAUAGGGGUAUACUAUGGAAACCCAGAAGUCACUAGUGGAGGAAUUGCGCUAAAGUUUUUUGCUUCAGUUCGACUUGAAAUCCGUCCUAUUGGCAAGAUAAAGUCUGCCAAAGGAGAUGAAGAAGUUGGAUUAAGGGUGCGUGUAAGAGUUCAAAAGAGUAAGGUAUCAAGGCCAUACAAGCAAGCAGAGUUUGAAAUUACUUUUGGAGAGGGAGUGAACAAGCUGGGAUGCAUACUGGACUGUGCAGAUGCGAUGGAAAUAGUGACCAAGAAGGGUUCAUGGUAUAGUUAUGGUGACCAUAGGUUGGGACAGGGCAGAGACAAGGCUUUACAGUUCCUGAGAGAAAAUACCCUUCUCUUUGAGGAAUUAGAGAAGAUUGUUGGAUCAUCCAUUGUUGAAGGAAGUGGGCAAGUAGGAUCCCUUUUUGUGAAGCACCACUCACAACAAGAUGGAGAUAUGUUUGAAGAAACCAGUUGACUCCUCCUCAUAUCCAACAUUGAUUAAAAGCACAUGCACAGAAGUUCCAAGAUGAUGCUGUUCGUGUGCUAAUACUAGGGGUUUUUUCGUAUACAUUCCCAUGCUUGUUGCAAGUAGGAUUGCAAAUUCAGCUGCAGCAAUGUGAGAUCAUUUUACCUUGCAGUUGAGCUAAAGCUGGCAAUCCAUUUCUCCGUGUUGAGAGUGAGAGUUUGUGAGAGGGAACGAUCGUACAUUUGUACUAAAGCUAAAUAUUGCUUAAAAAAAUUAAACAAUGACUAUACAUGUCAAUGCCCUUAAUUUUAAUGUCACUUAAUGUCUAACAGUGACAUUGCCAUUAACAUACUGCGACCAUUCUACAUGUCACUAUAAGCGGUAGUGGUAAAUUCUAGAGACUUUUGAGUUUCUCUGUAACUUUUAGGUGGUUUUUUUGUUUUUUUUUUUAAUAUUUCUUUUUUUUUUUGGUUGGUGAUGGCGGUGGAUUUGUGCG